GCGCUGACUUACCAAAGAAAUCGCAAAACCGUACGUGGAACGCACAACCGAUUAUUAGAAUAAUGCAAAUGAUCCGGCUCUAUUACACGUUCCGUGGCGGCUGAUUUCGUUUCUCGGCUUCCUGGAACGCGGAUCAAUUCAUCGGUUGUUAGUUCACUCGCCUAUAGACGAUCCUUCCGUCCUUCCCUUCUUUUAGCAAAGUUCCACGGUCGAUCACGUUCGUUUGGCGUCAACUCGACGAUCGAGAAGGAAGUCGCGUCUAGCAUCGAAACGCACGCUGACGAACGCGAACGUGCGAUGCCAGACGCGAAACCGAUUCAACGGUUUCUCUCCGCUAAUUUGCUGUUCGCCGGUGCGUGUCCAUUAUUGUGCAAAUCGACGAGCAGAUUGCGGCAAAAGGUUGACAAUGGGGGGAUCGCGUAAGUGUUCGUGGUCCCUACGGGGUGUUGAACCACCCCAUCGUUAGCGUGCCGAAUCAACCGGAAAUUCCAGCUUUCGUCGCUUCCGUAUUCACUGGCCGGGAAGAAAGACAAGAUGCGCGUACGAGAGAGGAACGAAGAAGAGAGGCAAGAACGUUUGUCGACGGAUCGGAAGGUUGAGCGAGAAAACCUGAGGAGGAAUUAACCAAGGUGAGAUAAUGCCCGGUCGAACGUCUCUUGGCUCAUCCUUCUCUCGUGUACGAACGAUUGUCAUGAAAAUAUUCGUUUAUUAUCGAGCAAAUAAGGCAGGGAAGUUUGCCGCUGGGUUACCUGUGUUUCCAGAUAAUUAGAGAUCGACGGCUGUCGAAGACUGGCCGAAGACGCCACCUGGUCUUUCUCUAUGCUAAUACUUUACGUUCCCCCUUUCCAUUUUUACUGAACUCCUUCGGUCGGUGCUAAUCCCCUACCUUUCAGUAAGAUUUAUCGUAGAUGAGAAACUCGAACAAUGCCGCUACGUACAAAACGAACUUGGAAACACUGCAACAACAGAACCUUGCAAGGUGCUGCAUAAUCCGUCCAUCAAACACAAUAAGAAUGACAAAUUUCCGAGAAAUAACGAUGUUGUUAAUAGCACUAACGCUCUGUCUAUCCGAACGGGUGUUAAUCGUUUCCGAAGACGUUUGUCGAUUAUCGAAGCGUUCUCGCCGGGAAACGCUCGGUGUCGCCAUCUUGUCCGUGAUUUUAGCGACUGGACAAUCCGAUGCGUUUCACGCAGCAUCGUUUUACGCGGUAUGCACGACUAUUACAACGGGGCAAAUGAUGACCCACGCAACGAAGUUUCGGGCGCGUAACGUGAGAGGAAUGGUCGAACGAGGGGGUAGGGGGGCGGAGGCGGUGGCUCGGAAGACGGAGAAAGAUUGCCCUAAAACGAGACAACCGUGAGUAGAUCGCUUUUAGGAUCAUUAAUUAUCCUAGGAAGCGCGAGAACGUGCAGGAUACUGUGCGCCGCGCGACCAACCGGCCAGCAGGGGCAGAGACGAAAGGGAUGCCGAGGAUGACGACGAGGGAGCAGAAUGGAGAGCAAAGGAGACGGCGAAUGUCGCCACUGCAAACCGAAAUUACCGUCGAAGAUUAAUGAUCACGAGCUUUAUUACAGGUCGACGAUCAUAACAAAGAGCAAACUUAUAUGUACCUUAAUUAGCGUUACUACCAAUCCAGCCGUUAUAAUACCAGACUUUUGGAUUUUGCAAUUAUUAAAACCACGCUUUCAUCGAUUUAAAUAUGAUAUAAUAGUAUUGCCGUUAUUUACUUACUGGAAAAUAUUAUGUUCGAAUAUUAUACGAUAUUUGGAUCAUGGCUCGUUGUCUGAUAAUGGUAAUGACGUAACUUCGUUUUACUUCCGUUAUUUCUAA